UUGCGUGCCACCCGAUCAACGCUCCCGGCUACUACUUCCUUGUCAGUCGGGAAUCAAACGUGCGAAGCGAAUAAUUGCAGGACAAUGAUCGCGAGCAUGUCGCCGGCCGACAAUCGCGCGCUAUUCCAAAACUUCAAUUACAGGUCCGACGCGGAGUACGUAGUAAGGAUCGCCAAAAUCAUGUUGACGCCCAUUGGCAUAUGGCCACUUUAUGGGGACUCUAUGUUGGAUAAAAUCAAAUACCAUUUACAGACGAGUAUCGUGUUCUGCUUAAUGUGUUUUCUGCUCGUUCCGCACAUAAUAUAUACAUUUUUCGACGCGGAGGAUCUGACCAGAUACAUGAAGGUCAUAGCUGCCCAAGUAUUUAGCCUAUUGGGUAUCAUCAAGUUCUGGACAAUGAUCAUUAACAAGAACGAUAUCAAGUGUUGUCUGCAAGAGAUGGAGAUUCAGUACAGGGAUGUGGAGUCCGAGGAGGAUCGUCUGGUGAUGGUGAAGAGCGCCAAACUCGGCAGGCAAUUUACGAUGAUAUAUAUUGGAUUACUGUACUGUGGCGCGUUGCCUUAUCAUAUAAUUAUGCCGCUGGUGGCGGAGAAGGUCGUCAGGAAAGACAACACGACUCACUUGCCUCUGCCUUAUCUCAGCAACUACGUUUUCUUCGAGGUGGAAGAAAUGGAUUCACCGUUCUACGAGAUCCUCUUUGUCGUUCAGAUUCUGUUCAGUACCAUGAUCCUAUCCACGAAUUGCGGCGUUUACAGCUUAAUCUCCAGCUUUGUAAUGCACGCCUGCUGUAUGUUUGAGGUCGCCCGCAAACGCAUAGAAAUAUUGCUGAUCAAUAGAACUGAUAAUCUUCACGAACGAUUCCGCUGGAUAAUUAUGCAACAUUUGCGAGCUCUCAGGUAUGUUGAAAUGAUCGAAAAUUCAUUAAAUCUCGUCUUUCUAUCAGAAAUGGUUGGAUGUACUAUUAUCAUAUGUUUCCUCGAAUAUGGAGUUCUCAAGGAAUGGGAAGACAAUCAAUUAUUUGGAGUAAUUAUAUAUUUUAUAUUAGCCACUUCGAUUUUUGUAAACGUUUUUACACUAUCGACUAUUGGCGAACAUCUUAAGGAAGAGAGUAUAAAGAUUGGCGAGGCGUCGUAUUCCAUCGAUUGGUACAUGAUACCAACGAAAAAUGUAAACAGUUUAAUGAUGGUGAUGAUCAAAUCGAACCGUCCAUCAACUUUGACAGCUGCUAAAAUGUUUGAUAUCUCUCUUGAAACUUUCUGCAAUGUAUGCAAGACAUCAAUGGCGUAUUUGAACUUUAUUCGAAUGAUUACGAUGUAAAACGUGUGAUUAUUUCAAAUGCCACCUACUGAAAUUAACUUUUUUUUCUCUUGCUCAAAAUAUAUUAAUUUCUUACAAUUUUAAAUCACAAAUACAAAAUAUUAUUAUAAGUA